AUGCUCAAUGGAAACAUCGCCAAAGCCGACACACCACCGGCGCCGAACCACGACCACUCUAUCGGCUGCGGUGCAUCACAUCCUCUGGACAACCACAUCCGUAACGUUCUUCAAGGACCAAAAAGUACGGAGUACGGAGUACAUCAUGCAGAAUCGAAUUGGACUCAUCUCGAAUCCUCGAUUCGUUCGCCAAUAAAUAGAGACUGCCUGGUCCAAGUGAAACGCAGGCUGUCGCUCGAAGGAUUUUGUCAAAGAGCAAAUGAAAAGCUGCUUCGUCCAUCUGUCGCCAAGGUUUCCUCUCUUGCCAGACCCACAAUUCCACCAUGGCAAAUACCUUACUACCCACUCUCACCGCCUGAAGCUGGGCCUGUCUGCAGGACCUCUGACAGCUUCCACAGCCAACUUGACAAACUUCCGAGCCACGUCGUUCACUCAAUCGAUUCUUUCUUCUGGAGCGUAAUUGGUGGUCGUCAGAAUUGGCAGGAUGUUCAUGCUCUGGACCUCUUCUCACCAACAAACCUGCCUCAAGAAGUCGACCACGAGACAGCCGUGGAGAAAUCAAGCUGGGUUGGCCUCGUUACCUGCCGGAAAGGUCAAUCAAGCGAUGACUGGGUUUCUCUUCAAACCAGGAACUGAGAGGCCGCUGCUUUUAAUGAACUUCGAGCAGUCGAUGCAUGCGCGCGUACGACUAGGCCUUCUUGUCAGUGCAUCCCUCUUCUCCGUACGGAGUACUCCGUUCACAAAUACGUGUCCCUUGCAUGAAGAUUCACACACUAGAUACAUGAUCCGAGUGUUCAGUAUUCUGAUAUCACAUUUGCCGCUGUCUAAUCGAUUGGGCCGCCACUCCGUAAAACCAAGGAAGGUUGAAAUGUUGGUCGGAGAUAGAUUAGGCUAGACACAAGCGCCGCGGAUUGCACCGCAAGCAUGUGAGGGGAAGCUGAUGCGUGUUG